CUCUUCCUCAUGUGUGUAACCGUCCCUUUACCGCGGGGAUGUCAACCGCGGGCUCGGUAUCUAUGAGCUCGGCAGAACAAUCCAAUCUUGACUUCGGCUCUGCCUAUGACGGUAUCCAGCUGUCCUGGCUGAGAUGCGAGCUCAUAUUCCCAUCCCCGGAGUGCACAUAGUGGAGCAUAUUUCUCGAGCAUGAAGGUCUUGCCUCACCAGUCUCACUUUCGCCAAUUGAUUAACCUCUUGUUGGAUAAUACUUGUGUAGCAACUUUGAUAAUAAUGGCCGCUCUUCAAAAGGUAUACGUCGUCGGUGUGGGACUGACCAAAUUCGUCAAGCCAAGAGGACUCGUCGACUAUCCCGACCUGGGCUUCGAGGCUGGUGUCAAAGCCCUUUUGGAUGCGGGAAUAAACUAUGAUGAGGUCCAGCAAGGCAUUGCUUGCUAUGUAUAUGGCGACAGCACAUGCGGCCAACGUGUUUUCUACCGCUUUGGCAUGACCCAAAUCCCCAUCUAUAAUGUAAAUAACAAUUGCUCGACCGGCAGCUCCGGCAUCUACCUUGCACGGCAGCUCAUCUCCCACAACGCCGCAGAUUGCAUCCUCGUCGUCGGCUUCGAAAAGAUGUUCCCCGGCUCCCUCAAGACAAACUUUCCCGACCGAACACCCCCCAAUGACCGCACCGUUGCCAUGAUGCGCGCCACUCGCGGCUUUUCUGACACCACUCCCCGCGCGCCUCAAACUUUUGGCAAUGCUGGCAGAGAGUACAUGGAGAAGUACGGCGCGACAGCCGAUGACUUCGCAGAGAUCGCCCGUAUCAACCAUGCGCAUAGCGCGAAGAAUCCGUACUCACAGUUCCGCGACGUCUAUAGCCUUGAGCAGAUCAAGAACUCACCGAUGGUUCACGCGCCCCUCACAAAGCUUCAGUGCUGCCCGACUUCUGACGGCGGCGCCGCGGCCGUUAUUGUAUCCGAGAAGUGGCUUGAAGCGCACCCGCAUCUCAAGAGCCAAGCAAUACUCAUCGCCGGCCAGCAUAUGGCAACCGACAGCCCGGCGUUAUACUCGCGAUCGGCUAUCGACCUCGUAGGGAUGGAGAUGACACGCACAGCAGCGCGUGUAGCCAUGUCCGAGGCAGGAAUUACAGCCGCAGAUGUCAAAGUCUGCGAGCUGCACGACUGCUUCUCCGCAAAUGAGAUGAUCACUAUAGACGGUUUGGGGCUCUCGGCUCCGGGCAAAGCGCACGAGCUUGUUCGCGCCGGCGGAAUCACGUUUGGUGGGCAGGUAGUGGUGAAUCCGAGCGGUGGCCUGAUUAGCAAGGGACACCCGCUGGGAGCGACGGGACUGGCGCAGUGUGCAGAGCUGUGCUGGCAUUUGAGAGGAUGGGCAACGAAUCGCCAUGUGGAGGGCGCGAGGUAUGCACUGCAGCAUAACCUUGGGUUGGGAGGGGCGGCGGUGGUGACAGUGUAUAAGAGGGCGGAUGGGAAGUUGAAUGGGCUGGUAGAAGAUGUGGCGGGGGUUAGUAAGUCAAAGUAUAAUCCUGCUGUUGAGGCGAGAGAGCCGACGCAGGAGGAUGUGGCGACGGUUAUUAGUCGAACAAAAUCAAGUGAGUGGAUGGUUACAGAGAAGAAAAUACAGGCCCAGUUGUAAGCGGCUCGUAUUCAAGAAGGUUGGGUUGCUGAAAUGCAGACGGU